AUAUUGAUGAAUGCAGAGAUGGCACUCACCAAUGCCGAUACAACCAGAUUUGUGAAAACUCAAAAGGAAGUUAUCGGUGCGUGUGCCCAAGAGGCUAUCGACACCAGGGAGUUGGAAGACCCUGUGUGGACAUUAAUGAAUGUGAACAAGUGCCUAAACCUUGUGCAUAUCAGUGCGCCAACAUGCCCGGCAGCUUCAAGUGUAUCUGUCCUCCAGGACAACAUUUAUUAGGUGAUGGCAAGUCUUGCGCUGGAUUGGAGAGGUUCUCAAAUUAUGGCACCUAUUACAAUAGCUAUAAUUAUGCUCAGUUCUCCCCCAUGAGAGACAACUAUCGACCUCAACAAUAUAUCAGGCACUCCUCCAAUCUCUACAGCUCCUACUCAGAGUAUAGGAACAGCAGAAUUCCCAUCGCCAGGACUAGAAGAAAUGUUAGAGAGCCUUGCCCUGAAGGCUAUGAGGCAAGAAAUAACAAAUGUAUAGACAUUGAUGAAUGUGAGAACAGAGGUGUAUGUCAGCAUGAAUGCAGGAAUAUCUUAGGGAGUUACCAGUGUUUUUGCCCAUCAGGUUACCGAAUCAUGCCCAAUGGCAAAACGUGUCAAGACGUAGAUGAAUGCCUUGAACAGAACAUCUAUUGUGGGCCAAACCGCAUGUGUUUUAACAUGAAAGGAAGCUAUCAGUGUAUAGAAACUACUUGCCCUCCAAGCUACCAACAAGAUCGACUUUCUGGAUCGUGCCUCAAGAACUGCCCCCCCAAUGACUUGGAAUGUGCCUUGAGUCCUUAUGCUUUGGAAUACAAAUUUGUAUCCCUCCCAUUUGGGAUUGCUGCCAAUCAGGAUCUAAUCCGAUUAGUUGCCUAUACUGAAGACGGAGUGAUGCACCCGAGGACCAGUUUCCUUAUGGUGAAUGAGGACAUGAGCAUCCCCUUUUCACUCAGAGAUGAGAACUUGAAGGGCGUGGUGUAUACCACGAGGCCUCUGCGGGAGCCAGAGACUUAUCGGAUGAAAGUCAGAGCUCUUUCGUACAGCAGUGACGGAACCAUUGAAUAUCAAACCACUUUCAUAGUCUAUAUAGCUGUGUCCGCUUAUCCUUACUAGGAGAAGCAUUGCCCAAAAUAAUCAUAGUAUGUUAACCACAUGCAUACAUCCCACUGGGUGUCACCACUUCCAGAAUGACUGCCUCAUCUCUAAACAGUUGCAGACUGUGCAACUUGGGAGAAAAUGGUGCUACGUUUCUUAUUUCUGACUGCCAAACUUGUUGCAAUAAUGCCAUCUUGACAAAAAUAACUGUAGUCUAUGAAUCAUUUGGAAUCUUACCACAUGCUUUAUUUAUUACACUGGAGCAAUCACCUCCCAAAGAUUGUUCUGCUGACUCUUGGGAACUAGUUAGCGAUAGUAGUUAGGCAAUUUAUUUAGUGCUAAAAGAAUAACAUGUAAGGAUGUUUUUUUAUUUCUUCCCCGAACAUGAAAACAAAAUAAUGUCCAUGAUACAGUAUGAAAAUAAAUAUGGUAUAGUUGGUUGUUUUUUUUACAAAAUAACAAGAAAUGUUUGCAUAAUAAACAAUAGUUUUUAUUUAACACUUGGUGGAAAGAGUAACUUUCCUGAGCAUUACACAAAGGUAAGAUAGUAAUUGGUAAUCAUUGAAAUAUAGUUGUAAGAAAAGCAGAUUGUGAGAAUCCUAGGCAGUUGAUUGCACAUAAUGCACAGCACCAAUAACAGAAUAACAGAGUUGUAGGGGGCCUCGGAGAUCUUCUAGUCCA